UCGGCCUUCCACUUCUCGAGCUUCUGCUCGAGCUUCCUCUGCUCCGCGGCCGUGCCCUUGCGUUCCAGGUGCCCGUAGUGGUCGAUGAACGCCGGGUUUCUUUGGUCCUCGUCGACGUCCGGAUCCUCGAUGCACUCGGCGAUCUUGCACAGCGACGCCAACCUCGUCAUCACAAGGUCCCGGACGGCGAACGCGUCGGGCGAGCUGGGGGCGUCGUAGAGCGGCACGGUGCGCGCGGCGUUGGUGGCGUCCAGCAGCGCCACGGCCACGUUGACGAUGCCCUGCGGUUGCGGCGGAGCGAGCGCGGCCGCCGGGGCGCACGUACGUGCUCACCACGAUGCGCGUGAGGCCGAGCACGGCGACGGCGGCGUCGCCGCCGGUAAAUGUUCUCGUGUGUCCCUAUGGGGCUAUGGACUUGUACCCACCCGAUGCUGGAAUCGUUGAGUUUGGAAUCUCCAUGCAGAUCAACCCUGGUGCAUCCCCGAUCCGCCUGCUUCAUCUCGCCGGAACUCUUCCCAGAUCUACCCGGUGCAUCCCGUCCCGGUCGUGCUUCCCUCCUCAUCUAAACCGCGCCACUGUCCCUUGCUCCGAUCCGCUCGCGGAACAGCGGGGGCAAGUUGCGCCAUCUAAACGGCGCCACUCUACCUUGCUCGGCGCGCGGAAUCGCUGGGCACAAGUUGCACGAUGACUGCAAAAACCCUGAAAAAAAGGGGGGCGAUCGAUUGCACUAGAGGCUUGAGUAGGGAGCAGAGAGCUAUUAGCAGAAGUUUCAAAAAGCUUCAGUCGUCGCUGACUUCAAGUUGUAGCGAUGGCCCAAAAAGCUCGAGCGAUGACAUGAAAGGCUCUGGGACAUCGAUAAAACCAAAACUCAGUCAUACUGAGAAAUGCAUUAGGAGACUGGCAAAACAAAUGCUAAAACAUGAUAUGAGUCACAGGCGGCGGGUAGAUGCUGUGAAAAAACGAUGCGCUGCUCGGGCAGCACAGUUUGGCAUGCUUCCUGAAAGAGUUGUUUCAAAAACCUCUUUUGAAGAGAAACCAUUUGGCCAUCUUGUCCAACCUGGGAUGAAAUUUUAUGAUGCCAGUGCGAAUCAUAUGCAAUAUGUGUCCUCCACUGUUGUCUCGCUUGCUUUGUUUGAUGAAGAUGAGAUGUUAUUUGCAUGCUCAGGCAUACCUCUACCAUUUGAUACAGCUACCAAACUCGAUUUAACAAGAAUUGUGACUUCAGCAUGUUUGGUUAGAAAAUUUAAUCUCAAGAGGAAUAGAGAUGAUAAAUUGAGGGUUGAAGUGCGCCUUCCUAAUGGUAAGAGCACCCUUGGAUUCUUGGGACUGUAUGAUGAUGAUAUUGCUAUAGUCACAUCAUUGGACUUCCUAGAAGUGGUUCCUCUAGAUCUGGAUUAUAAAUCAGUACCUGUCUCUUCUGAUGAUCAUGUAAUAGCUGUUGGACGUGCAUUCAGUUCGUACAGUUUGUGGGCUUUGGAUGGGGUUCCAUGUACAGAAUGCAGCAAGACGUGGGUUUCUUCUACUUCAGAUACAACAAAGGCUGUACUUGGAGGGCCACUUAUACAAAAUAAAGUAGAAAGUAAGGGAAGACUUCUUGGGAUGACCCUUGAUCUUAAUCAUGAUGACAAGAGAUACACCUUCCUACCACUGGGAUCACUUAAAGAACGCUUGGAGCAUUUUCAGAUACUCAAUCCUAAAGUAAUUGACUUCCAUAAUUAUUCCUUGCCUAAAGGUGUAUCAAGGAUAAUCCCUUCAGGAUUUAUGUUAGUGAUUAACCAGCUAAAAGCCCUUGGCUAUCCCUUGCCACCUCCACUUGUGCUCUAAUUGGACGGGCGGUUGAUUAAUAAAUUUGAAGGUUGCUUUGGUGAAUCAUAUCCUUGGAAAGGGUAUAGCCCUGGUCCUGGUCGUAUACGCAGUGUUUCUGAAGGGUUUGUCUAGUCGCGACUUACAAAAAAUGUUUUGGACAAAAUAUCUCAUCGUGUUGUCUCUCUUGCUUCAUUCAAUGAAGGUAUUAGGUUUUUUGCAUGCACAGGCUUGCUUAUAAAGUUCUAUGGGCACAAUGUCAUCCUAACUUCUGCCAGCUUGGUUAGAAAUGAUGAUGAAGGUGACAUUGAUAAUAACUUAAAGAUUGAGGUGUUUCUCCCACCAAAUCAGCGUCGCAGUGGGACAGUGGAAGUGUAUAAUUUGAACUAUAAUAUUGCUAUUAUCAGUGUGGCAAAGAGAUUCUUUCACACUUGUCCAGAAGACAUUUUCAAAACAAAUCCAUCAUCUGAGAAGGCUUAUCGACAAUUAAUUUCAAAUGAACAUCUGAAAUCAUCUCAAAAAGUAAUAGCUGUAGGACGUGAUGCUUGUGAAGGACUAUUAAUGGGCACAAUUGGUGAAGUGAAGCCUACAAACGAGGACAGCAAACUUAACUGUGAAGAACUUAGGUUAUCCACUUGUGAAAUCAAUAAGGCUGGGAUUGGAGGCCCUCUUAUUGAUCUUAGUGGGAGGUUUGUUGGCAUGAACUUCUAUGAUGGAAGAAGGGUAACUCCUUUCUUGCCAAAGAGCAAGAUCGUUGAAGUUCUUAAUGCAGUUCCGGAACCACAUGGAGCAUACUGGCCUCGCCACAUUGUUCCUCAUGAUGAUGGUUGGCCGACAAAGAAAAACAGGUGGUCCGUGCCCCCCUCCAUAUUGGUACCAUGGUGAACUUGAUGUGGAUGGGGAUGAAUUACCGGCGCUUAUGGGAAGACAGCUGCAGGUUGGGACUCGGAAGUAUUAACAGGACCUUCUGCCCGUUUAUCUAGUAGUAUCUAAGUAUCUACUGAAGUUCUAUUGUUGACCACAUAGAGGUUGGACAGGCUUGUGUAAUGCAACCAUAACUUGUUUGGUUCCUUGGUCAAGUCCCUAA